AUGUUCUUGUACAAAGAAUUUCCAUCUUUCCUCAUUGUGGACAUAAGAUGGUUCUUACAUUUUCUGGAUGAUAAUGCUCAAGGGGCUGAGCAGUUUGCAAUUUGUGCCAUAACUUCAGAUGUGCAAACACGAGCAGAAAAAGACAAUCCAGUUAGGCCAGGACCACCAGGUGCUGGGGCUCCAACAAUCCGCAGAUUUUUACUAGAUUUUUAUAGAAAUUUUAAGACUGAUCAAGGAAAGAAAAGAAAUCUUCAUGAAGAUAUUCAAGUUCUUAGAAGAGCAUUGGAUAAGCUAAAGAUCUUAAGGGAGGAUGUAGAAACAAGAAUAGAUGAAGGGCUUCACAUGGGAAAAAUAGCAAAGAGAGAAGUGAAGAUUUGGCUCAAACAGGUGCAAGCAAUCAACAAUGAAGCACAAAUUGUUGAACAAGACCUAGAGGCUAUGUCAUAUUUCUCAUGCAAGCGCCUCAGUGAACUUGUUGGCCGAAAGAUUCAAGCAGUAGAGGAAACUUAUCAGCAAGGUAGUUUUGUUCAAGGUCUAUUCACUGAUAAACCUAGCACCAGUGAAGCGACAUUGCCAACAAUGAAGCUAGGAGGUGAACCAACAGUUAAAGAAACAAUCUGGGGAUUCUUGAUGGGUGAUGAAGUUGGAAUGAUUGGAGUCUGUGGGAUAGGGGGAAUUGGGAAAACCACCAUAAUGAUGCAUAUUAAAAUUCAACUGUUGAAGGAGAACAAGUUUGAUAAAGUUCUAUGGGUUACCAUGUCUAGAAAAUUAAAUGUUGUCAAAUUACAGCAUGACAUCGCAUCUGCUAUGCGAAAACGUCUUCCACAAGAUGAGGAUAUAUCAAAGAGGGCAGCAGCAUUAUUGACAAUUUUGGGAAGAGUGAGAUAUGUGCUGAUUAUAGAUGAUGUCCACGAAAAUUUUUCCCUUAAGGACAUUGGAAUCCCUCAACCAGCACAUAGCAGAAGCAAAUUAGUACUAGUAAGUAGAUCUGUUGAAGUAUGUCAAUCUAUGGGAUGUGAGGUAGUCAAGGUGCAGCCUCUUUCAAAGGAGGAAUCAUUGGACUUGUUCUUAGAUAAGGUGGGACAUGGCAUACUGCUAGCCCCAACCUUAGAAAAACUUGUGAAGCAUGUUGUUGAGCAUUUUUCUGGCUUACCUCUUUCUAUUAUCACAAUUGCUAGUAGUAUGAAGGGAGUAGAUGAUGUUUGUGACUGGAGAAAUCUACUCAGAGAAUUAUGUGCAUGUUCAAGACGUGCGAAAGACAUGCAGACUCUGAUGCUUAAUCAUUUGAAUUUUAGUUUCAAUAGCUUGAAAGAUCCAAACAUACAAAAAUGUGUCUUAUAUUGUGCUUUAUACCCUGAAGAUUGCAGAAUUUCUAGGAAUGAGUUAAUAGAGUAUUGGAUGGCUGAGGGGCUUAUUGAUGAGUUGGGAAGUAGAAGAACAAUGUAUGAAAAAGGUCACACUAUUAUCAAUAGACUUGAGGAGAUUUGUUUAUUAGAUAGGGCUGAUGAUGGAGAAACUGUGAUAAUGGCUGAUGUUGUGAGAGAUAUGCUGUUGCUUUCCAAAGAUUUUUGUCCUCGGCUCAUGGUGAAGGCUGGCAUGCAAUUGAAGGAGGUACCAAUUGAGCAAGAAUGGAAAGAGGAGCUUGAGAUGGUUUCCUUGAUGAAUAAUACAAUUUCAGAGAUUCCUCCCAAGAUGUCGCCAAAAUGUCAAAUUCUUUCAACGUUGCUGUUGCAAGGAAAUCAUACUUUGAAGAAAAUUCCAGAAACUUUCUUUCAGCAGAUGCAGCAACUCAAGACUCUAAAUCUUUCCGAUACUGGUAUUGUUGGCCUUCCUUGUUCUGUGUCUAGUUUAGAAAACCUCACUGCAUUACUGCUUUAUGGAUGUGACAAGCUUACCCAUAUGCCUUCAUUGGCAAAGCUUAGGGCAUUGAAGAAGUUAGAUCUUCAUGGUACAUGGAUCAGGGAGGUUCCUCAUGGUAUGGAAAUGUUGAUAAAUCUCAGAUACCUUGAUUUACAUAUAUGGGGUUUGAAAGAGCUACCAAAGGGAAUACUACCUAAGUUUUCACAUCUCCAGUACUUCGUACUCAUUGGUUGUUUAAGAGGAGAAGAUGCAGUUGGAUUGAGGAAGUUGGAGACUUUUUCAGGUGGAUUCUACGAGAUUAAAGACUUCAAUAAAUAUGUGUGUUCCGUAAAGGCUGAAUUUCCUACUUAUUACCAGCUUGUAGUUGGACAAGUUCCAGGACCUCAUAGGGGAAUUAGUAAAUAUUACAAAGAUGUGAUUUUAAAAGACUGCAACAUAGGAGGAGAAGAUCCUGUUGUGCUCCCAAAGGACCUUCAACUUCUGUGGAUUGAAUGCUGCUACGGCGUGAAGAGCUUAACUGAUAUUUCUUUGUUUCAAGAAGAAACCAGUUUGAGCAUCUGUCAUAUUUGGUCAUGUCAAGAGAUAGAGUGCGUGCUUGACUUAUCCUCCUCAACCUCAUCGUACUCCCCACUUCAGAAACUUGAGAAGCUAGAGCUUCUGAGUUUGUGUAACUUGUGUAUACUUGUGAAAGUCAAGAGGGCAGCAGCUGCACCUGCGUUGCUUGAACCUCCAGCUCCUGGCAUCUUUUUCUGUCUUAAGAUAUUUAGUAUAAGUCAAUGUAAUGGUAUCAAGAAGUUGUUUCCAUCUGGUUUGUUGAAGGAUCUCCAAAAUCUAGAGGAGAUACUGGUUGUUUCUUGCGAACAAGUGGAGGAAAUAAUAGCAUCAGAAGAAGAGGAAGAGAAUCACAAGGCAGAAGGAAGUAAUGCAACCAUAACAUUUGCUCUUCCCAACUUAAGGCAAUUGUCGUUUUUUGAGUUACCAAAAUUGGAGAGAAUCUGUUGUGAAAAGGGAGUCAUGGUUUGUGCUUCUCUUCAGAAUAUUGAAAUACGGAAAUGUAGGAACCUGAAGAGGAUCCCUCUGCAUCUACCCUUGCUAGACAAUGGCCAGCUAUAUCUUCCUCCUUCUCUCAAACUAAUUGAGGUAUCUCCAAAAAGAUGGCGGGAAUCAUUGAAGUGGGAUCAUCCCAACGCUAAGAACGUCUUUUUACCUCUCUGUCAAUUCAUUGAAGAAAUUCCAUCACCAAAACCAAUUUCCCCAACAAUGUUAAUGCAUUAAGGGCAAUGGUGUUUCAUCAAUCAGCUAAAAAGAGGAACUUUAUGUGUACUGUUCUCCAGCCAUGUGAAUUCAUUUCUCCAAGCCCUGGUUCAAAGGUUCUCUAAAUCACCAGGCUCUCUUCAAUCCAUCUUUUGGGAAGAACUUCAAUCAAUGCUUGUUCAUUUCUGUAAUUUA